CACAAAUCGACAGUCGUAUAGUGCCUGCCAGAAACUCAACAUCAAGGUAACGCGCUCACAGUUUCUUUUAGAAUGCAAAAUGAAAAUCAAGUGAAAUCAGACGGCAAAAUGGAAAAUCCGGCUUUAAUCGGCUGGUUUCAAACCGAACCUUCCCAAGAGCAACACGAACAAUUCAUGCGGAAAGUCGUGGAUAUUGUUUUAAAGGAAGCAGUGUUUGAGGGAACAUCGCGAAACAACUUAGUCAUCGAAUGGAUGGAACCAGAGAGUUUGUUGACCUUACUGGGUAAAGAACUACCAAAGAAUCCGCAGUCUGACGAAACACUAGUUCAGUUAAUCAAGAACGUUGUACGAUAUAGCGUGAAAACGGGUCAUCCACAUUUCAUUAACCAGCUAUUUUCAAGUCUGGAUCCAUACGGACUUGUAGCCCAAUGGGUCACAGAUUCGUUGAAUCCCAGCGUUUAUACUUACGAAGUUGCUCCAGUUUUCACAUUGCUCGAGCACCAGAUUCUUCGUGAAAUGCGACGAUGGGUAGGAUUCCCAGACGGUAGUGGAGACGGAGUGUUUUGCCCGGGCGGUUCGAUGGCUAAUAUAUACGGCAUUCAAUGUGCCCGCCAUCGCGCUAUGCCUAGCCUAAAAGAAACGGGAACAUUUGGAUCACCUCGUCUCGUAGUGCUGACCUCCAAAGAUGCUCAUUAUUCGAUCAAGAAAGCUUGUUUUCUUCUGGGAAUAGGUGUGUCGAAUCUUUAUCUGGUAGAUGUGGAUACUAGUGGUCGAAUGGAUUUAGUUCAUCUUCGACAAGAAGUGCAGCGUGCUUUAAAUGAGAAUGCCAGGCCAUUCAUGGUAUCUGCCACGGCAGGGACCACUGUAUUAGGCGCGACUGAUCCGCUUGAUGGCAUUGCCGACAUAUGUCAAGAGUUUGGUAUGUGGAUGCAUGUAGACGCGGCGUGGGGGGGUGGGGCGCUAAUGUCCACGAAGCAUCGCCAUAUUCUAAAAGGAAUCGAACGAGCUGAUUCUGUCACAUGGAAUCCACACAAAUUGCUCGGAGUGCCUCAGCAAUGUUCAACUUUCCUGACUCGCCAUGCUGACCUUUUGCUUGAGGCCAAUUCCGCAUCAGCUUCUUAUUUGUUUCAGAAAGAUAAGUUUUAUGAUCCCAAGUGGGACGUAGGAGACAAAUAUCUGCAGUGCGGCAGGCGAGCUGAUGUUCUCAAGUUUUGGUUUAUGUGGCAAGCAAAGGGAAGUCUAGGUUUGGAAAAGCAUGUAGACACACUGUUCGAAAAUGUGGCUUAUUUCACUUCAUUUAUCCGCAAUCGCAAAGGCUUUCAACUAGUACUCGAAGAGCCCCCAUUUGUGAACGUUUGUUUUUGGUAUAUCCCACCGAGCCUUCAGGGAGCUCAACACGACGAAGAUUACGAGGAAAAAUUGCACAAAAUCGCUCCAAAGAUCAAAGAACGCAUGAUCAAAAAGGGCAGCAUGAUGAUAACCUAUCAACCGUUGAGAAAUUUACCAAACUUUUUCCGCCUUGUUUUGCAAAGCUCUGCUGUCACUAUCGAUGAUAUGGAAUUUUUUGCCGAAGAGAUAGAACGUCUUGGGUGUGACCUUUAAAUAAUAUAUAUAUAUUAGAUCGAGGCAAUUUCUGCAAUAGAGAAACUAUUCCGAAGUAAUGAUUUAAAUAAGUUUUUAAACUAUUUAAAUCAAUAAAAUUUCGCGAUAACCUGUAAACCAUACUAAAGAUAUUUAAUUUCGGAAACAUUUCUUCCAAUAAAAAUGUUUUACCUGAUA